AGAUUACUUUAACAAUUACUAUAAUUACCGAUAUUUUAUUACAAGUAAAUGCUUUAUCAUCUCUUUAUUGCAUGGUGUUUUAUGUGAAAUUCAGUGCGCUAUGCUUUAUAUUCUUGUUUAUAAUCAUGAUUCAAGGUUUCGGCACCACGCGGGACCAAAUGAGCCCACGAGCAAACACACUUAGUGAUGAUAAGGACGACAUACAGAAACAGUUAGACAACGAAGCAAGGGACAGACUUCAUUUUGCCACAGGGCCAAAAAUAUGGGUUCUUCACUUUCCCACCCAUAUAAUGCAAAAGUCGCACAUCAACAAACGGAUACCUUGGAACUUUAUCACUUCAAAACAAAAUGCUAAACGAGAUUAUAACGAACAAAAAAUUAUUAAGGAAUGGCAGCGAAGGCGAGACAUAUCAAGUUCAUACUCAUCCACUAGAACAUCUGAAUCAUCUUCCUCACUGCCAAUAAAAGGACCUCGUAAAAUGACUGUGCGGGUGCAACUGCCUGUUAACAGAUAUCAAACUAAAAAAUCUUUUUUGAGAAAUAUUCGGAUGGAGGGCAAUCAAGCUGAACAAAUCUCUCGUCUUCGCGCAUCGCAAUCUCCAAUAGCCAUCUCCAUUCAAAAAUGCCCGACAUGGACUUCACUAGAUGGACUCAAAUUCACGGGCUACUGGGACAACGAAGGUAGUGGCGUGUUAUUAAAUACGGGACAAACUGCAUAUUUUACCCUCGACACAAACUCUCGACCACGACUAAGCGGCGGGCCCCUAAUGGGCGAGUACAUCUUCGAGCAAAUGCACUUCCACUGGUCUGUUGACGACUUCACCGGCUGCGAACACGUUUUAGAUGGUCAUGGAUACGCAGCAGAAUGUCACUUCGUCCACUACAACAGUAAAUACGAGUCAAUAGAAGCGGCGGUAGGCCAUGCUGACGGUUUGGCUGUGGUUGGUUUCCUUUUGGAGGUUGUAGAUGCCCCUAACCCGAAAUUUGACAUGCUUGUUGAGGGUUUAGAGGCGAUUCAGAAGCGUGACCAAGCUGUUCAGGUCACUCCAGAGUCACUUUCCUGGAUGGAGCGAGACGACCUGCGCGAGGGCAGCUACGUGACCUACAAAGGAUCGUUAACCACGCCCCCGUACACCGAGUGUGUCACAUGGAUCAUUUACCAGAAACCUGUACAAAUUGGCACAGAACAGUUGGGCCUUCUCCGGCAGUUGGAAGGGUUAGACAGCAAGCCCAUCGAGAGGAACGUGCGGCCGACGCAACGCCACCCUCCUGGCCACACCGUCAUUAAUGUGAAGCAAUUCAAGGCGAAACUUUAAAUUAAGAUUGAUACUGAGACUUUACUACGACAAAAUGUGGCUAUUGUUGCCGAAAAUAAUGGAAUUGAAGUUUUUCUAAUAGUUGAAUACCCACUUGCGACUGGUAUACAUUAGAAGCUAAAUCCGUGUUAAAUGUAAAAUUAAAUAUUGCACUCAUUUGCAUGUUACCAUUAAAUUUAUCAGCACCAUUCUUCUAUUAAAAUAUUUGUUACAGACCCCGUUGCGUUUUAAACAAUUAUUUAAAUAGAUGGCUGAAGGUAUUCCAAUCCUAUAAGUAUUAAACUGCAACCAGACGUAUAGUUUUUCUAUAUAUCACAAUAAAACUAGGCCACGUAGUUUUUUACUACCUAAGUAAUCUCAGUAUCUACCACACAAUAAAGGACUUAAUAACACGCGUAUUUUCCAGUGACUUCUUUUGUACAGAUUAAUAAACGGGGUCAGCGCUAGGAAACAACAGCCUAAAUUUGUAAUUUAAAUAAUACAUUUCAGACCAUCACCUCAGGAAUAUACUGGCCGUUCUCUGCAGUAACGCCAUGAAUAUUACUUUGCAUUUAUUUCUGCGGCCAAAUACGUAAACAAGGAUAAUUCAUAGCGUAAAGUUUUCAAUAUAUAUAUUUGCACUGAAAUAUUAUUCUACAACUGUAAAAUAGUAACAGUAUGAAACUUGGAGAACAGCCGAACUUUCAUCAGAAUUUUCGCGUUAUUACAGAUUUUGGCAAUUAAUAAUGUUUGAGUCAUGAUGGGUUUCACUAUUGUCAAAUUUCUAUAUAAAUGAUAAUUCCAAAUCAAGUUCUCAAGUGAUCAAAAGUCAAACAAUACGUACUCAUAGACUUUCAUAGACAAUAUAACUUUAACAAUAGAUAAUGAAACAAAGAAGAUCCUUAUAUAUCUAAGUACAUUUUGUCAGUAAAAGAGACGUUUCCAAAAACAACAGAAGGGUUAAAUAAAUUAAUAGACUAAUAGAUAGAUAAAUAGAUUAAAUAGACUUAGCAAAAAGUCAUAGAAAGUGUGAUUAAAAUUAAAUAAAUGACAAUUAAAAGUAUACUUGUACACUUUAAUUUAGGUGUAUUUUCAUUUGGCGCCUCCCCACGUGAUCGCCGCAAUACAUGAGGCGAGGAAAACUGGGAAUUGUUUUUCUUAACAAAAUAUUAAUUUACAAUGGCGUCCACCUUGACUCCUAUUAGUGUGACUUUAAAGUCUAAUUUCGUUAAUUUCACUUGCGUUCGUUAUAAUUAUGUCGGAAAUAUCCCUGUGCAAAACAGCCCAACGUGACAGAUACCGUACCGUAGUUCAAUGAUUCCACACGGAUGAUGAAUAUUGUGGCAAACUAUUUAUCAUAAGUGUCAGUUCCCUUUGCGCAUCCUAUAAAUUUGGACGCAUAUGCUAAUAUAUAUUACACGUAUAAAUUUUCAUUAAUGUUGUGAAGAAAUGUCAUACUGUGUAUGAUGUCUUUAAACUAAUUGUACUUGCCUAGUUUAAUAUGAUACAAUAUAUUUUGUCGACUAUAAAGCAUUGUUUUACUUGAGAGCUAAACAAC